GCCCCCCGCGGCUCCGCCUCGCCCCGGCACACUCGGUUAGGAUUUGACUAUGGCAGUGCGGUUCCUGCAGAAGACAUCUGUGUGGUUAAAGAAGCACAAGAUCACUGUGUUGGGCGUUUCUUGCGUGGGACUGUUUGGCACAAACCUUUCCUAUCAUGUGUUUCCUGAGCAGACGUUCAAACUGUUGCACGAGUGCUGGUCAGAGGGGCAGCCAGCUGAGCUUUCAGAGAGGCUCUGUGGUGUGUUUCAGGAUGUCCUUGAAGAUACUGCUGUGAAGUCCACUGACUCCUACAGAGCCUUUGCAGCUUCUGGCUUCCACCCUGUGAGUGCUGGAAUUCCCUGGCUGCCUGCAGGCUCUUUGGUGGGCAUCCCACCUAACUUUGAUAGCACAGAUGAGGAUAAAAAAGGAAUAGUUAACCAUGUUGUUGUGAUCAAUGGCAAGGAAGUAGACUGGGAGAGCAGCGAAGGUGUUGCUUUGAGGGAAGCUCUCACGUUUUCACUCCAAGCUCAGAAGUUUGCCAUUGCCAGAGAAGUUGUGUAUUUGCAGAAUGGCAGCCCUUUAAAAAGUGCAGUUGUGGCUCCAACUUGCUUAGCUGGUACAUUUCUCUGUACAAGAGGUAUAAAGCUCCUUCUGGGUUUAUCUCAUGGCCCUGUGAUCCUUCGCAGCCUCUGUAACAUCAUAACUGCAGCUGGUGGCCUGCUCUGCUAUUGCCUCUCUUGUGAAGCUCUGACCUAUCACCUGGACUGCAAGGCUGACAGAAGGGCAGCCAUGGUUUCCAAAGACUACGCCAGAGGUGGGGUGGAAUUUUAUGAUAAAAUCUUGUCCCGCAACAGGAUUCUUCGUGGUCUUAUGGGCACAGAAGGGAUGAAAAUGUAUGCCCCCAGUGGUAACCUUUUCCCAAGGCACUGGUUCAGAAUAAAGUAUACGCCAUACACUUACCGGAGAAAUUUGAUUGUUAAUAUUUUAAGAGAGCUCCCAGCAUAGGAUGGGAAUGCUUGAAUUUUAAACUUGUGAAUUAUGUAUUUUGAAGCGCUGCUGUGCUGCCUCUUUUUUUUUUUUUUUUUUUACUUCUGUAUCUUCAUUAGAAUUUCAGGGUUUAUUUUUGCAUAUAGUUUGGAAGGAGUUCUUGCACAUUCCCUGAAUAAAGAAUUCUCUUUUAAAAUA